AUGGCUACUUCUGAAGAUUUAAAGUUUAAUAUUCGUAUGGCUGAUCAAUAUAUCGAAGUACCUAAUAAUUAUAUUUAUUUAAUGGGACAUGCAUCCGAAAACCCUAAAUUACCCGAAUCAUUAGCGCAGAGUAAACAUAAGAUAGUUUUCAUUGGUCCUCUUGGUUCAGCGAUGCGUUCUGGUAAUGGUGUCACCCAAACUGAACUUGAUAAACAAGGUCAUGUUAUUGUUUCCGAAAGUGUUUACGAAGAGGCGUGCGUCAAGGAGUUGAUGAUGGCAACCAUUUGCUCAAGUUCAAGUGAAGUUCCUGGUUCAUCGAUUUUCAUCAUGCGACUUGCUCGAGAUGCUCGGCAUCUUGAAGUUCAAGUUUUAGCGGAUCAAUACGGAAAUGCGAUCUCCUUAUUUGGAAGAGAUU